GUGACGCUGCAAGAUAGCAGCAAGAACGAGAGUAGCCAUUUUGGACGAUUCAUGUCAAGCUUUCUUGUGUUGACAAAGAAAAAUCGCGACUGGUGCUGGUUUAGCUGUAUAUUAAAUAGUAAUUGCAGAAUACGUGCUUCGCGUCCGACACGCUUGCGCACGGAAUAACGAUGGCAGACGAUUUGGAUGUGGAGGCCAUGUUGGAAGCGCCGUACAAGAAAGAGGACGACGUCAAGGCACAGAAUGGAGAGGCUGAACACAGCGAGAUAAAAAAGAAGAAGAAGAAGAGGAGCAGGAGUCGGGAGAGAGACACACACAGGGACAGGGACAGGGACCGGGGCAGUGAUAGGAGGGACAGGGAUCGUGACCGCGACGCAGACAGGAGCAGGAACCGAGGCGGCGGCGACAGACACGGGCGAGGCCGCGACAGCUUCCGCGGAGGAAGGAGGAGGUCGCGGAGUCCGCGCAGGAGGGGUGGCGACCACGACAGAUUCCGCGGUAGAGACUCUGGCAGGCAUGGCCGCAGUGACAGCAAGAGCCCAGGCAGGGGUGGGAAGGGUGACAAUCUCCCCGGCUCGUUCAAAAGGCGUGACGGCCCGGAGCUGACGCCGGAGGAGCGCGAUCAGAGGACCGUGUUCUGCAUGCAACUGGCGGGGAGAUGCCGGGAACGCGACCUAGAGGAAUUCUUCUCAUCCGUCGGACAGGUGCGAGACGUGCGUCUGAUCGUCGACAACAAGACGAGACGGUCGAAGGGAAUCGCUUACAUCGAGUUUGUCGACCCGGAGUCCGUGCCCCUGGCGAUGGGGUUGAAUGGACAGAAGCUUCUCGGAGUUCCAAUCAUCAUCCAGCCGUCGCAGGCGGAGAAGAAUCGUGCGGCUCAGUCGACGACGCCAGGCGUGGCGCAGCGCGGAAACGUGGGGCCCAUGAAGCUCUACGUCGGCUCUCUACACUUCAACAUCACAGAGGACAUGCUCAAGGGCAUAUUCGAGCCGUUCGGCAAGAUCGAUCACAUUCGGCUGAUGAUGGACAGCGAGACGGGCCGAGCGCGUGGAUACGGGUUCGUCACUGUAAGUAAGAUGGUGACGGCGGCCUACGUGCCCCUACUGAACUAUCACAACCUGUUCCCCGAUUCCAUGACGUCGACACAGAUGAUGAUGCGAUAGUGACGGCAGGUGAUCCGAACAACCGACCACCAGAUGGCGUCGCGACAGUUCGGAGGACGUUGAGAGCCUCGCCGGGAGCGGACGGGUCAGCGGCAGGGAGCGUGGAGGACGCGCGGAUUUACCCAGGUGGCGCUGCCGGGGUCAGCGACCUUGCAGCUGCCACUACACUCGUCUCAUCUGUGGUCUGAGUAGCGGUGAAGCACUCUGAGGGAGAGAGAGAGAGAGAACGCGAGCGGAGAAGAAGGUAGAAAUAGCACGAGCGAGGGAGGGGAAGAAGGUAGAAACAGCGUGAGCGAGAAAGGGGGCGAAGGAGGUAGAAAUAGCGUGAGCGAGAGAGGGGGAGCACGAAUGGGCGAGUGUGGUUUUGUAUGAGAUGCGCACAAAUUUAAUACACAAUUGAUCGUCUGUUCGAUGUGAUGAUACAUUAUUUUAGAUUAUUGCUCCUUGUCUCUAUAAGGUAUACUGCAAUCAAGAAAAGGCUUAUGGGUCACUGUUGCAGUGCAAUUUUUCUGCAAAGUUCAUCUAGUGUCGUCCUAGUUGACUUGAUAAAUGUUUUAGAUUAUACUUCUCCGUUUGUUUGGCAAUUUGUUCAUGAUCAGUAAUGUCGAAUGUGCUGUGAAUGCAAAUCCACACGGUGGAGGCACAAAACUGUAUUAUGUGCAUGUAUACUGUACAUCUGUACCACCUGGUGUGUGUGUGUGUGCGCGUGCGCGUGCGUGCGUGCGUGCGUGUGCGUGUGUGUGCGCGUGCGUGCGUGUGUGUGUGUGUGUGUGUGUGUGUGUGUGUGCGUGUGUGUGUGCGCGUGUGUGUGCGAGUGCAUGUUUGUUUUUUGCCCACAUGUAACUAUGCAUGUCUAUGUAUGUUUGGUCUGGCCCUGAUACUAGUAACCAGGGGGGGGGAAUCAGGUUAACACACUACAGUCAUUUACAUUGCUGUAGCUACCAUUCCUGCUGAUGCGUUACAAAGCAUUGCUGAAGUUUGCUUUAAUCGCAACCUAUUUGUUUCUUGUUUCCGAGUUGCGGAUAUAUGUUAACGACGUAGCACAUUAAUUAUACGGUUUGAUAUUAAAUAGGGCUGAGAUAAAUUGCUGUUUGGAUCAGAGCUACUGAAUAUUUCGCGUAAUGCCAACUGCUGCCUAAUAGCUACUACUGCCCCUUCUCUAAGCAUUGAGUUUUAGUUUAUCAAUUUAUUGUAAUCGAUUUCUCCUUGAUCAAAGUAAACAUUUCCGUUGAACUAGCAUGCUGGCACUUGUGUAAAAUAAUGCACAGAUUAUAUUAUUUGGUCUGUUGUGGCACAAUGGAAGGGGGGUUUAAUGUUACGGUUGUAGUGCAGUGUAAAGGUUAAUGAUACCAGUACUGUUUCUUUUCGCAACGUGGCUUGUAAUUGUGUUGAUGAAUAGAAAAUAAAUGAGUUUAGUUUUAUUUCA